CCUGGAGCCCAGCCAGCCUCUGCCCUGGAAAAAAAACAGCCCGGGUGUCGGUGGAUGUCAGCUCCGCUUCCUGUGGGCUCCUGGCCUGCCCACCCUGUGAAGGGCAGACAACAAUCCUCAGCUGCAAAACUCUGUGUGUCAGGCACUGUGGUCUCAUCCGUCCACAGUCUCACCUGGAGGUAGGAGACGCCAUGACCGCCACACUCACCGCCCUGCUCUGUAUUGGGCUGAGUCUGGGCACCAGGACCCGAGUGCAGGCAGGGACCCUCCCCAAACCCAGGCUCUGGGCUGAGCCAGCAGCUGUGAUACCGAGGGGGGAACCUGUGACUCUCUGGUGUGAGGGGCCUCCGGGGGCCCAGGAGUACAGUCUGUACAAACAGGGAAGUCAAGUGCCCUGGAAAAGACAAACAUCCCUGGAACUCAAGAAUGGGGCCAACUUCUCCAUCCCAUCCAUGAGAGAAGGUGAUGCAGGGCACUAUCACUGUUACCAUCGCAGCCCUGCUGGCUGGUCACAGCACAGUGAGCCCCUGGAGCUGGUGGUGACAGGAUGCUACAGCAAACCCAGCCUCUCAGCCCUGCCCGGCCCUGAGGUGACCUCAGGAGGGAGCGUCACCCUCCAGUGUGCCUCAUGGCAGGGAUAUGACAGGUUCAUUCUGACUAAGGAAGGAGGAGACAAGCUCUCCUGGUCCCUGGACUCACAGAAAAGCCUCGCUGGGCAGGUGCAGGCCCUGUUCCAUGUGGAUCAUCUGACCCCCAGGCAGAGGUGGACAUUCAGAUGCUACGGCUGUUACAGUAAUAAACCCCAAGUGUGGUCAAGUUCCAGUGACACCCUGGAGCUCCUGGUCUCAG